UACAACUUCAAACCUCAUCCAGUAAACAACUUCCUAUUUUUGUAAAAUUAUUGUCAACAUGUUUUUGCAGGUAUUUUUAAAUAAUGCAAACCUGUCCAGGAAAACAGUAUUUGUUAAUGUUAAGCAAAAUUUUAAUGUGUCUGACCUAAAAUUGGAGCUAUUUAAAAGUGUCAAAAUUCCAGUUCCACGACAAGUAAUCGAGUUUAGCGGUACGAUCCUUACGGAUGAUUUCUUGGUAGCCAAUGCUCACAACAAGAACGGAGUGGACCUUUUCGCCUACGACGGCCAAAAGCUGGUUUGUCGCUUGCGUUUUCGCGACAAAAAGGAGCUUAAGGAGAGUCUCCUCAUCUCAAUGAUGUCUCGGAAUAACGAAAAGCCUCUGGACGCUCAAUCCGAGUUAGUCGGUUCGGCAGAUGGUUCCUCCUCAGCCUCAAGUCCUACUUCAAGCAUCUGUAGCUCCGCCAAGUCAACCCGGAUCCCGGUUUUCGCCUGCGUUCGUCCCUUCGUGAAUGAGCAGAGCUGCGGAGAUUCGUGUCAGGUCAAUUGCUGUGACGAGGGCGGAGUGGGUCGUCCUUCCUACGCCAGGAUCAUGCCGGAGGAUCGGUGGUACGGGGUCGUGAUCACCAACGAGGGCGACCCGUGCGACUGCAACUUCGACUGCGUCCUGCAGCACCUGGUGGAAUCUUUCCAUUCGGCGGUGGAUGUGGCUACGCUCAGUUUCAGCCAGUGCACUCCUGCCGUGUCCUUCGAGUGCUUCCUGCUAAUGGAGUGCCGGGACAGCGACACCAGCGACUGGCUGCAGCGCGCCAUGCGACCUAUGAACCCGCCCUACCUGUGCAGCACCUUCAUAGAGCAUUUCGAACUGGUCAGGUGCUCCUUCGUCGUCCCCAUGGUCGUCGAGCGAGAGCUGUGCCGCAUCUUCCACAUCAUGGAGAAGCAGAACUGCGGCUUGGAUUCGAGUAAAUGGUGCGUCGUUCGAAAGACUGCUCUGGACUCCUGCUCCGAGGACUAUGCAAAGAAGGUAGUCUUCGACGGGUUCCCCAAUUACGAACUGGUUGUUUACAUGGACAACUGCUCGAAGGUCUACAUAGAGAAGCAAUGUGGGAAGCUUUUAUUCUUAAUGUGGCACCUAUCCGUUGACUUUGAUUGAAUUCAAAGGAUACUAUGUUUGCAGAUGUAAUAGUAUGUAUGUCCCUGUUCAAUCCCUGUUUCUGGUUUCAACAACCCGGAGAAUAUGCAAGAUCCUACUUGCUGAAAUCAAGAGAGUUCCUCAAGUCCAUCAUUUCCACCGUGGGCUCUUAUAGACGCUGCUGCUCUUAAUGGUUGUAUCUAUCACGUUUCGGAGAAGCUCAAUAAUUCCUACUUUUUAAGACCUUCGUUCUUGUUAAGCUGGAGACCCAGGCCAAGUACCAUCCGAGCCUUGGUCGAAAUGAAAUGGACGAUAAAUAUAAGCAACCGUUGUCGGAGGCUACUUAGAAUUGGAGGAGGUGAAAGUUAAUGUUAAAAUGAAUAGCGGCUAUUGGUAUAAGCAAUUGCACUGGAUCGAUCGGUGGAGAAAGCCUUAAAGAGAUGUAAAGUAAAAGUCAAAGAAGUAUUACGCUUAGAACGCCGAUUGCUAGUUACACGAAAUGACUUGUUCUUUAAUAAACGAACGUCGCUUUUAUUAAAAUCGAAAACUUGGAUAAA